CAGGACAUAUGUUAUUCAUAAUGACUUAAAACUAAUAAUUUCUAGAUGAUCAGCUAAUCAAAUGUACAGUUGACCUUUAGUGGUGCAACAACGAACCAGGGAGUCCUACAAAAUUAAUAUACUCUUAUUUUGAAGGUCUGGCACACAACCUUCAGUCAACAACGCAAUCUUUUCUAACUGGGUAAUAAGACAACAUUUCACCGACAGACCUUUGUUUGAAGUAGGCAGCGCUGUUAAGGCAAAGAAAUGGAAGAGAUAUUCUACAUCCUCGGCUUGGAUUGGAUCGACGUCAGGAGUGUCUUAAUAUUUUUUGGUGUUUUUCUACUUUUGGCUGAUGUUUUGAAGAACAGAGCACCGAAAAACUUUCCUCCUGGACCGUGGGCACUUCCUUUCAUCGGCGAUCUUCAUCGUAUUCAACCUACCAGACUUCACCUGCAGUUCACAGAAUUUGCACAGAAAUAUGGAAACGUUUUCAGCCUUCGCCUCUUUGGUGGAAGGAUUGUGGUCAUCAGUGGCUACAAGUUUAUGAAAGAAGCCCUGGUCGAACGAGGAGAAGACUUCGUAGAUCGUCCCAAUAUUCCAUUGUUUGAAGCGAUGUUUCAGAAUAAAGGUCUUGUGUUCUCAAACGGUAAUCAGUGGAAGCAGCAGAGGAGAUUUGCUCUUCAUACACUCAGAAACUUUGGUCUGGGAAAGAAGACCAUGGAGAGAUACAUCCAGCAGGAGUGCCAGUACCUCACAGAGGCUUUUGCAGACCAACAAGGCAAACCAUUUAAUGCCCAGCAUCUGAUAAAUAAUGCUGUGUCCAACAUCAUCUGCUGUUUGGUGUUUGGGAAUCGAUAUGAAUACAAUGACAAGCAGUACCAGUAUAUUCUGCAGAUCAUUGAUGACAUGGUGGAGUUACAGGGAAGUUUGUCGGUACAGAUUUACAACACAGUCCCCUGGCUGAUGAAGUGGUUUCCUGGACCUCAUAAGAAGAUAUUCAGUCUGAUACAAGAAUUAAUUGACUUUGUAGAAAUCAGGAUCAAAGAACACAAAGACACCCUUGACCCAUCAUCACCAAGAGACUACAUUGACUCCUUCCUCAUAGAAAUGGGACAGAAAGAGGACAAAGAAUCUGGGUUUGACCUCAAAAAUUUGUCUUUCUGCACAAUGGACUUGUUUGUUGCUGGAACUGAAACUACUACCACUACUUUAUACUGGGGGCUGCUAUACAUGAUCCACUACCCUGACAUACAAGAGAGAGUCCAGGCUGAGAUUGAUGCUGUGAUUGGUUCGUCCAGACAGCCGUGUAUGACUGACAGAGAAAACCUGCCUUACACUGAUGCAGUCAUCCAUGAGAUACAGAGGAUGGGCAACAUCGUCCCCCUCAAUGUGUUUCACAUGACAAACAAGGAUACUACAGUGGAUAAGUACACAAUCCCAAAGGGUACCGCAGUCCUGCCUACACUGCACUCUGUCCUCCGCGAUGAGUCAAUGUGGGAAACUCCAAACUCCUUCAACCCUCAACACUUUCUGGACCAGGAUGGUAAAUUCAGGAAGAGAGAGGCCUUCCUUCCAUUUUCUGCAGGUAAGCGUGUGUGUCUCGGUGAACAGCUGGCAAGGAUGGAGUUAUUCCUGUUCUUCACAUCCCUCCUUCAGAGGUUUUCAUUCUCUGCACCCCCUGGAGAGAAGCCCACUCUGGAGUACAAACUGGGGAUCAUUCAUUGUCCUAAACCUUACCGUCUCUGUGCCACACUACGAUAAACUGCUGAUGUAAAGACUCAGUGAUGUUUAUCAGUUUGCAUGAAACCCCUUUAUCAUUUGAUUUGCAGACACACCUCAGUCAGGCACAAAGUUGAAUUUAUUCUGUCAGUGUAUUUUCUGGUUCUAAUAUUUUACAAUGAGUAGCCCUUGAGGUGUUUCUCCUGGUAUUGAGGAUGGUAAUUCUGAGAUGUAUUUUAGUAACAUAACAUAACAUAACAUAACAUAACAUAACAUAACAUAACAUAACAUAACAUAACAUAACAUAACAUAACAUACCAUACCAUACCAUACCAUACCAUACCAUACCAUAACAUAACAUAACAUAACAUAACAUAACAUAACAUAACAUAACAUAACCUGUCAAGUCUCUGGGUAUUCACUGUAAAACAAAAAUUAAUCAUUUUGCAAAAUGACUUAAACAUGACUUAAAUGUAUCAAAAAUAACUGCAGUUUAAUAUCUUCUCUUCAUUUAAUGAAUGAAAUCCUGAAUGUUAACUAAUUGUGCUACUGGGAUUUCCUGUGUUUGGUUUUAUUCCUCUAACUAGCAGCAACAGCCUUCGUAUAAAUGUGAGAUUGUUCAAUGAACUUCACACUGUUGUAGUGAGGUUGGCAUUUUCGUUAUGCACACAAAAAUAUAUGAGGAUCACUUAGAUUUUUCAUGUGUACCACAAACCAUGAUAAUGGCUUAAUCCCUGAUGGAUGCCACGUUGUAGUUCUUCUUACGGCCAUUUUUAUACAUACCUGAUGUAAAUGCUGUGACAAACAACUUCCUAUAGUUGGUCCAGUAAUGACUGCAAACACUACAAUCAAGACUCACUUAUUGUUAUUUAUCAAAUGUAUGUUUUGGAACGUAUUUGAUGUAGUGACAUGUACAUAAGUGGCUCAUUCCAAAGAUUAGUCACACUAUCAAAAUAGUGUGACUCCUGUUACUGCCUCUCUGUUGUGCAGGACAAAGUGUGUGUGAACUGUAAUAUCGCAGACUCUGUGGAUCCAGAGUAGCCAACAUAUUGUCAAAAAGAGAAGGUCUGGCCUCUACUAACAGAAAAAAUAAAGAAAUAAAGAAACCCUGUCACAAAGUGAA